GUCGCGUCUCAAAGAGUCACUGAAUAAUAACUCGCCUAAAUGUCAUAUUCCCCGUAAGAUUAGGAUGCUUGAUCUCGUCGCUCAUGUCUGCGCAGUAACUUAACGUCUUCGUUUCGGUAAUCGUUGUGACAGCAAGAUGCCUAUCCGAGCAUAUUGCACAAUUUGCUCCGACUUUUUCGAUCACUCCAGAGAUGUUGCUGCUAUCCACUGCGGACACACUUUCCACUAUGAAUGUCUUCUCCAGUGGUUUCAGACAGCCCCCACCAAAACCUGUCCACAGUGUAGAAAACAGGUCAGCACCAGACACAUUAUCAGCAAACUGUUCUUUGACAUUGGUGGAGAAGAAGAGGGCACUGCGGACCCGGAGAGCUUACAGAAUGAGCUUGAUCGCAUGAAGGCGCUCUUAAGCUCUAAAGAGCAAGACUGGCGGGACAAACAGAAGAUGGUGGACAGUUUGAGGGACACUGUGGACAAGCAGAGGAGAGACCUGGACAGUGUGCGGAAAGAGAUUAUGGAAAAGGAGAUGUUGUGUUCUGCCCUCAGAAAACAGAUGACAUACCUGGAGACACAACAGAAUGAAACUCAGGCCGCAAAGGAGGAAGCCCGAAGACUCAGGACCAAGAUGAAAACCUUUGAGAGCCUGGAUGUGUUGUUGCAGGGCCAGAGAGCCGAGGUGGAGUCCAUGAUCACAGAUAUGGGUGUCAGCCAGGCGGCUGUGGAGCAGCUCUCCAUCUACUGCAUCUCGCUCAAAAAAGAGUAUGAUAACCUUAAAGGAAGCCUGAAGUCUUCAAACGACAUGUGCGAGAAGCUCAAGAGAGAAGUGCUCUCCUCAAACAAUAAGUUACACAAAGCCACAGUGGAGGUGAAUCAUACCAAAGAGGACGUGAAGUCUCUGCAGAACGAUCUGGCCAAUGCUGACAAAGAGAUCUCUAGCCUGAAGAAGAAAGUGGAGUUUCUUCAGAGGACUCUGAGCACCCCGACACGGACAAACGAAGCCCUGAGUCGGCUCGUCUUUGAAAGCCCGGCCCCAGUCGAGCUUAAGCAGCCUCGCCUCCACCAGCCCGCAGACAGCGAGGACAUUGACCUUAACAUGACUUAUGAUGUCACUACGCCAGAUGAUGUGGCCAAGAAACCGUCACAGUUCCAAUCCAAGAAAAUGCGCCUCAAUCCUCCAGCGUCGUCUUUGUCAAAACACGAGAAAAGUUCAUCUUUUAGCAAGGCUCGAGACGAGGAUGGAUCCAUGGAUCCUUUUAUGAGGAACUCCCUCCUCUUCAGAAAGAAGACUCUCGGCAGCAUGUUGGACCCUCAGAGGAAGCUCGGAGCUGUCAGAACUGGUUAUGAUGGUUUAGGAGGACGCACUAAAUUCAUCCAACCUUCUCCUUUAUCAGAGAUUCGCCCGCUGAUGAAAGCUAAAAGGAAAAAGGUAACAAGGCCUCAACCCAAGCUUGCUACUUGUCUGACACUGGAUGGGUUCCUGGAGUAAAUAUUAACCUCUCCUUCCCCCCGGAUGUGGAGUUGAAAGUCAGGAUGCUGUGUGAUGUAGCGUGUUUGUGCUGCUCCUGCACACAGAACCAGCCUGGCAGCGGUUCUGCCGCUCAGCACCAAACAGGACUCUCUGAACUCUAAAGGUAGUGACUGACUCCCACCUGGCCACCAGAUGCUGGGUUUUUGGUGACAUCAGCAAAGAUGCUGUACAUUUUUUCCUGUGGAGACUGUGUCUGGACCAGACUCCGUGUUGGAGCCUUUUCUUGUUUUGUGUGUGUGUGUGUGUGUGAGUGUGAGAGUG